ACUAGAGCUGCUGCAGCCUCAGCAAAAGGUGUCGCUUACAUCUGAUCGUCUCUGGGUUGAACUAUUUCCCUCUCUCUCGAUUCCCAGUUGUUUGAGCAGGUAGCGAGAGAGAGAGGAGGGAGGAUGUUGUGUUGGGGGGAGUUGGGCUCAGGGAGCGGACUGAAUCCCUGCUCACAUUCAGAGGAGAUUCUCAAAGGAGAGAGGGUUCAGCAUGUUUGCAGCCAGGAAGGAGUCACUGUGUUUGUGUUGGAAAAUGGAAAAGUUUAUACUAAAACCUGCGGACGGAAGCAAAAAUCAAAAUCAGGCCAAUUUUCUAACUUCAAGGAUCGGAAAAUCCACUUUGCCGAUAGCGGAACAUCCCACAUCCUAUUCCUUUCUAAAGCAGGAAGUCUUUUUCAGAGUAAGGUUAAGUCAUGGAAAACGGCAGCUAAAACAGAAACAUUCUCAAUUAUGAAACCACAGUUACUUAAGGAUUUGAGUGCCAGAAAAAUAAUUCAAGUGGCCUGUGGAAACAGUCACUCACUGGCAUUGACAAAAGAUGGCCAACUCUUUGCCUGGGGCCAGAACACUUACGGCCAGCUCGGUCUUGGUACAAAAGAUGCUUGUCAACACAUUCCUGAGUUGAUGGUAUCUCUUCCUGGGAUGCCAGUCGCUCAGAUCACUGCAGGAGGAGAACACAGCUUCGCCCUGUCUCUCUCUGGGGCGGUGUUUGGAUGGGGAAGAAAUAAUCACGGACAGCUGGGACUCAAGGAUACAGAGGAUAGGUAUGAACCCAAACAUGUGAAGCUAUUGGAGGGUAAGAGGAUCAUCUAUAUCUCCUGUGGAGAAGAGCACACUGCUGUCCUGACAAAGGAUGGACUUGUUUUCACCUUUGGAGCUGGGAGUUAUGGGCAGCUGGGACACAAUUUUGCACAGGAUGAGACCAAACCUCAUCUACUCGGUUACCUGUUUGGAAAGAAAGUUUCUCAAAUAGCAUGUGGAAGUUACCACACACUGGCCUUCGUUCCAUCAUCUGGCAAGAUCUAUUCUUUUGGUCGUGGGGAGAAAGGACAGUUGGGAAAUGGAGAGACCAGAGAUCAGUUACUGCCUCUUCCCAUCAACAUAAUGGGCACAUCUGGCAAACGCACAACUGGAAAUGGCCGUACAACCGAGCCAGUUAUCAAAAGAAUUUUUGCAGGAGGAAACCAGAGCUUUGCAGUGUGCAGUGAUGAAGUGGAUUUGUUGUCCAUAAUGGACCACUUUUCACACAUAACUUCAAAGAGAAUCAUCACAGUGGACAAUUUCCUGGAAAAGCAAUUGUGCAAAGAAAGAAGAAAGGCAAUUUCGGAAGCAUUUUCUUGUUCUCAAACCCUAAGUGGAAGUUUCCUGGAAGUCAGGAAGGAUGGUCAUUUCAAAACAAACGGAGAGAUGUCUGGUCUCAAUCUAUCUGCAGUGUCUCGGGGCAUUGAGUAUUUGGCAAAAAAUUGCUCAUUGUUACAGAAGGUGAAGAAUGCAGUCCAGCAUAACCUGAUCCCAUCGUUACCUCGAUCUCCGACUUGUGUGGAAACAUUGCGAGUUUACAUUAUAAUACCAGAACUCAUUGCUAUUCUGACACAGCCAAGGGACUCAGCAAUGCUGCUAGAAUCUUUAAACAGAGCUAUUCUCUCACUUGAAGAAGAUUAUUUUAAAAUUCUUGAAUGCUGGUGGAGGACAAUGCCUGACGAUUUCUUCAUGCGCCUUGUGGCAGUAUAUCAAAAAGAAUCCAAUCGAUUUCAUCAACUUGCUCUGGCGAAGGCCUCAAAAGAUGACACCAGAUUACAUGAUGCAUUAAAAAUUUUACAAGCACUUUCUAAGGUAAAUUCGAGCAGACAUGCAAAGAUCCCAGACAGAAACUUUUGCAUUCCUGUGAUGGAAAAUUUGACGGACUCUGUGAUGGCCUUUUUGGAGAAGUGGUUUCUUGGCAAUUUCCAAGCUAUGACUGAUCAGUUAAUGAGCGGCAAUGCAUUUUCUGAACUUAAGGUUCAGCAAUUCUUCUCAGCACUGCUCACAAUACAACACCAAUUGUUUGCAUAUCCUUGCGUCUUCGAUAUGGAAACAAAGCUUCAAAUAUUGCAGAUGGAAUUGAACCUAUUGGUAAAUCUAAAGGAACCGAUUCAUCUGCAGGUUUCAAGGGAAGUAAUUCUGCAGAAUGCACUGGAAGGCUUAAAAUCAUCCAGAUCGACUCCUUACUGUGCUGAACUUAAGGUCAUGUUUGAAGGUGAAUCAUGUUAUGGCAAAGGGAUAACACAGGAAUUCUUCACCCUCCUUAGUCGGGAGCUGCUUGGCAACGGGCGGAUAUUCCAGCGCUCCAAAGAUUCUGGGUUGCUUUGGUUUCCGAAUGAGGAACCAGAAAUGGAUGUUGUAAUUCAUCUGAUGGGAAUUCUCUGCGGACUUGCUGUAUCCAAUUGUUUAAUUUGCAAUUUCAACUUCCCAUUGGCUUUAUACAAAAAGUUGCUCCAUGUGCCACCAACUUUGGAGGAUCUUAAGGAACUCUCACCAACAGAAGGAAAUUCACUCCAGGAGGUCCUUGAUUAUGAGUAUGAUGAUAUUGAAGAACUGCUGUGUCUGGAUUUUACUGUAUCUGAGGAAACAGCUGAUGGAAACAGAGUCAUAAAGGAGCUCAUUCCUAAUGGCAUCAAUACCCCUGUUCAAAAGCAUAAUCGAAAACAGUAUGUUGAUGCAUAUGUGGAUUAUAAGCUUAACACAUCCGUGAAGAAACAAUUUGAAGCCUUUUCACAAGGUUUCAGGAAGUCGGCACUGCCGGUGGUGGACAUAUUCCUACCUGAAGAACUGAGGAAUGUUAUCCAGGGGCAAAACAAUUUCGAGUGGGAGCUGCUGAAACAGAAUGCAAGAUACAAGGGAUAUUCACAAACUGACAAAACAGUCAGGAAUUUUUGGGAAGUCUUCGAACAGUUACCAAAAGAGAAGAAAUUAAGAUUUCUUGCCUUUCUGUCAGGAAGUGAAAGAAUCCCAGUGGGUGGGUUUCAGAAUUUUAGCAUCAUGAUUCUGAACACCAAGAAUGAGGAGCCAGAUUCCUCAUACCCUCGCGCAUACACCUGUGACUUGAUCCUGGACCUUCCCAACUAUAGCUGCAUCGAAAUAUUGGCAGAAAAGUUACUUCACGCAAUGGAAUCCUGUGAAGAAUUCAAUGCACAAGAACUGCAGCUAGAGACUGUGUUUGUUUAACCUGAGAAAUGUCGGUGUGAUUGACCAGGAAUACGUGACUGAUUGAUUUAUCUUUAAAAAAUUGCAUUAGAACAUUUGUUUCAUUGCAACACAGAAAACACCCAGUGAUUGGAUGUGACGUGGCAAUAGUUUAAGCUUCUAUGAUAAAACUGAGACAUUUGUUUUAUUUUUAUUAAUUCACAGAACAUGACUAGUGAUAUUAAUGCCUGCAUUAAUUUCCUGAAAGAGGGUGAUAGUUAAGAAUCAGUCAUACCGCUGUGAGUCCAGGCCCAUAUAUUGGCCACACCCAGUAAGGACAGGAGCUAUACGUGAACCUGAUGGGUUUUCAGAAUGACCCACUAUUUGCACUUUUUCUCCCCCAGAUUUAGCUUCUUGAAUUUAAAUUCUCAAGCUGUAAUGGUGGGAUUUUAACUUGUGUUCCUGGAUAUUCAUCCAGUCCUGCUGCAUUACUAGACCAGUCAUAUGAUCAUGAUGCAGCUGUAAUCUCUGUAUGAAAUGUAUUGCACUUCACUGUGGGGAUGUUUUACAGUAACUAUUCAUUUCUGGGAUGUGGGUGCCACUGUAUUGCCCAUCCCUAAUUGCCAUUGGAAAGGUGGUGGUGAGCUGCAGUCCUUGGUGUUUAGGUAUGCCCACAGUGCUGUUGUGUAAGGAAGUUCUAGGAUUUUGACCCAGUGACAGUGAAGAAAUGGCAGUAUAGUUCUAAGUCAGGAUAGUGUGUGGCUUAGAGGGAAACUGUUUGCCAGUGCUGUUCCCAUGCAUCUGCUUUCUUUUUGGAUGAUAAAGGUUGUGGGUUUGGAAGAUGAUGUUCGAGGAAUCCUGGUGAGUUACUGCAGUAAAUCUUGUAGCAGAUUUGUGCCAAUCAAUUUCUCAUUGAUGGUGCCAAACUUCUUGAGCGGUGUUGUAGUUGCAUCCACCCAGCCGUGUGGAGAGUAGUCCAACACACUUUCCUGAUUUAUGCCUUGUAGAUGGUGGCCAGGCUUAAGGGAGAUUAGAGGUUAGUUGUAUGCCUAAUGCGCUUACUUAGUGGAACCCAUACACAAUAUUACACAAAUUUGGGAGGUAAAGAUUGAGAAGAUUUUGUUACAGUUAUUGGUUUGAGCAAGUUUUUAAUCUUGGCUUCAUUUUGGGAAAAAAAAACAUUUCAAUGACCUUUAUCUUAAUGACUGGAGCAAAUUUAUAAUCUAUUGUCAAUAAACUUAAUGACAAGCUUGCAGUUAUUUCGAAGUAUAAGUCAUGCCAUGCCACAUUGAAUAUGUAGCGCAGAAACAAGCCAUUCAGACCAACCAAUCCAUGCCAACAUUUAUGCUCUAUUCAUCUACUCUCAUCCUUCUUCAUCUAACAGAACCAGCAUUAUCUUGGAUACCUGGUGCCCUCAUAUGCUUAUCUUACUCCCACUUAACAUUAGCGUACUAUUUGUCUCAACUGCUCAGUGUAGUAGAGUUUCAGAUUCUCACUCCUCUUCCAUUGAAGAAGUUUCUUCUGAAUUCUCCAUUUGAUUUCUCCAUCCUCUACUAAUUUCUCCAACUUUUCUCUUUGCGCAAGUGUUCUUUCUGUGCUUAUUCUAUCAAAAUUUCUAUGAGCCUAUUCAAGAGGACAUACCUCAGCCUUCUCAUCAUAACAACAAAAAAAGGCCCAGUCAUUCAUUGUUUACUAUUAAGUAUAAGCUCACACUUCUAGAAUGAAGAACUGUUUUGGUGCACUUUGCCUUGCAAUUGACGCAGUUUGUAAAAUAUUACUUAUUUCCAUGUGUAAAUAGCUUUUCAAGAUUUAUUGCAAUAUUCAUAAAUAAAUGAUUUACUGAUUUUUA